AUGCUGUUAUUCUGUGAAGUGUCAGACCCAAAAGAGUUGUGGGAAAAGCAUUGGACAGACUUAUCGGAUGACAUUGUUUACCGACAACGUCAAAGACUGGGAAUUCCAAACCUAAGUCUAACAGAAGAGCAGAUUCAGAACUACACCCUGUACGAGAUUGAACAACUACUAAAUAGAGAACAUAGAAGCCUCAAAGACUACCACGGAAUACCGUUACCAGAUGCAGCACUACUUCAAGAAGUAGGAAAUAGGAUGUUACUGGAAGAGCAUAACUACGACACAGAAUCAUUGGCAAUCGAUGCACGCGAUUUAGAACAGGGCCUUAAUGCUGAGCAACGACAUGUUUAUGACAACAUCCUCCAAGCGGUGUACCAGAGUAGAGGUCAACUAUUCUUUGUCUAUGGUAGUGGUGGCACAGGGAAGACAUAUAUUUGGAGAGCUUUAAUAUCCAGGCUACACUCUGAAGAACAAAUUGUACUUGCAGUGGCAUCAUCGGGAAUAGCAGCUUUACUACUUCCUUCUGGCAGAACUACCCAUUCCAGGUUCAAAAUCCCACUGAUCUUAAGCGAAAAUUCGUGUUGCAACAUUGAGCAAGGCUUUGACCUCGCAGAACUAAUCCGACGAACAAAGCUCAUAAUAUGGGAUGAGGCUCCCAUGGUACAUAGGCAUGGCUUUGAAGCACUUGACCAGACUUUUCGAGAUGUUAUGCAGCUUCAUGACCAUUCGUUAAAGGACAAAGUUUUUGGAGGCAAGGUGGUAGUCUUAGGAGGGGAUUUUCGGCAAAUACUACUUGUUGUUCCAAAAGGAGGACGAGUAGAAAUUGUAGAUGCAUCUGUGAGAAAAUCCAAAACCAUAUGGCCAGAGUGCAUUUUCCACACACUAAGGACAAACAUGCAGAUAAAGCGGUCAAACCUAGACCAAGUCGAUAUAGAGCGAACAGAGUUCAGCAAAUGGGUACUAGAUAUGGGAAAUGGGCAUAUUCCAGCAACAACAAAAGAAGGCGAGGAGGAACCGACAUGGAUAGAAAUACCAAAGGACUUGCUUAUAAAUGGAGCUGAUCCUAUUGCUGCAUUGGUGGAAGAGGUGUACCCUGAAAUUUUGCACAGUUACAUGGACCCAAAGUACCUCCAACAACGGGCCAUACUUGCUCCAAAAAAUGAAACAGUUGACAACAUCAAUGGAUACAUACUGCAAAUGAUCCCAGGAGAGGAAAUAACCUACAAGAGCGCAAAUAGAAUCUUCCCCAACAACUACAGGUGGGAGAAAUGUCCACUCACUGUACCCUACUGA